AUGGAUCCACUGUUGGAGCAGGUUCUGAGCCGGGCCAACAGUACCCCAGGAGGCGGCCCCUUUAACCACAGUGACCCGCUGGACAUGUUCCCUGGCAUGCAGCUACUCCUGCGCUUCAAGCCACUCUUCGUGCCUCUCUACUGCCUCCUGGUGGCUGUUGCAUGCAUUGGCAACGCCUCCUUGUUGGUCUGUAUCCUCACGGACAAGAAGCUGUACAACGCCACCAACUUCUUCAUCGGCAACCUGGCGGCAGGCGACCUGCUGAUGUGCCUGAGCUGCGUGCCUCUGACCGCCUCGUACGCCUUCGACACCCGCGGCUGGGCCUUCGGCCGCCCCCUCUGCUAUCUGGUCCCCCUGCUGCAGGCUGCCACCGUCUUCGCCUCGGCGCUCUCGCUCACCGCCAUCGCCGUGGACCGCUACGUGGUGGUGGCCCACCCGAUCCGGCGCCGCAUCUCCCUGCGGUGCUGUGCGGCGGUGGCGCUGGCCGUGUGGGCGCUGGCGCUGGCCCUGGCCACGCCCCCGUCCCUCAACACCCGCUACCUGGACCUGCGGCCCAGCGGGCUGGAGCUGGUGGUGUGCGAGGAGUUCUGGCCCGGCGCCGGGCGCAUACGGCUGCUCUACUCCUGCUUCAUGCUGCUCGCUUCAUACAUGGUCCCCCUGCUCUCAGUCAGCGUCUCCUACUGCGCCAUCACCACCCACCUGCGCCACCGCUACCUGCCCGGCGCCCCCUCCCACAGCCAGCAGCGCUGGAACAAGAAGAGGCGCAAGACCUUCUCCCUGCUGGUGGCCUCCGUGCUCGCUUUCGCCCUCUGCUGGCUGCCCCUGCAGGCGCUCAACCUCAUCCUGGACCUGGACGGGGACUUCCGCAUCGUGGGCAAGCACUAUAUCAACGUGCUGCAGGUCUCCUGCCACCUGGUGGCCAUGAGCUCCGCCUGCUACAACCCCUUCAUCUACGCCUCGCUGCACAGCAAGCUCCGGCUGCACCUGCGCGGCUACCUGCGCCCCCGUCGCCGGCAGCAACCCAGCGGGCUGCUCUCGCUCCACGCCUCCCGCCACAAUGCCACCUGCCUCAGCCUGGUGUCUGAGCUGCCGCCCAAGGAGGGCCGUGACACGCCCCAGCCCUGUGCCGACAACUCACUAUGA